AUGCUCCUUCUCUUCCUCCCAGAGCCAGUGCUCCAACAGCUGGGCUGUGGGAAGGCACUGAGGGUUGAUGGCAGUGCUGCCUUUGGUGCUGGUGAAGGGGUGAUCUGGCUGAACAGAGUGAAGUGCAGAGGGGAUGAGAUUCACCUGUGGGACUGCAGUUAUUCUCUGAACAACCACACUGACUGCUCCCACAAAGAGGAAGCUGGAGUCACCUGUGCAGACCCUUAUGUGUCCCCUACUACUGCACCCAGAACAACCACAAGCACCUCCACCUUUACAGUGAUCUCUAAGCGGAGGCGUAAGACUCUGCCUGAGGCAGUCUAUAAGGAGAUUGACCACAGAUACAUCAAUAAAAGAACCCGUGUCUCCACUCGAAGGGGAAGUAUCCUUUCUGAAUCCCAGCAUUCAGGAUAUGAGGAUGUGGAUCAGGCGUUUGUCUCAGAAAAGUCUGUGACUGUGGACCAGCCUGAGUAUUACGAUGAUGUCACCACCACCGGUGACCUCAUAAGUGACAUAGAAAGAGAGGACAUACCAGAGAACUACGAUGAUGUCAUCACUGCUGGACCCAGCCCUGAUAUUGUAGCAGAGGACGUAUCUGAGAAUUAUGAUGAUGUCAUUACUGAUGAUCAGAACGCUGCUGUUGUGACAGAGGAGAUGACAGAGAACUAUGAUGACGUUAUUACCAAUGGACUAAACCCAAACAUUACAGAAAUGGCCACACCAGAAGACUGUAAUGAUGCUGGAACAAACCCAAAUGUUACAGAAAUGGACACACCAGAGAACAGUGAUGACAUCAUCACUGCUAGACAGGACGUAGGAGGUGUAAAUGACUAUGAGGACAUGAAGGAGGAGCCUCAGAAAGAGAUGAAUCACAUGACCAAGAGACAACAUCAAAUGCCUUUCCUCAGGAAAUUACAUUUAAACUUCUUCAAACUCAAAAAAUGAUUACUAGCAUUUUUCACAAUAUGGAACAUUUUAUACGACAUUGUUUAUUUCAGCUUUCAGCUGGAAUCACACCCAGGUAUAAAAAUACCAAAGUUUCUUUCGCAGCAAAGCAUCAUCAAUUGUAUCUCAACAUUUUUAAAAAUGGUAAUAUGUAGUACAUAAUCAAAGCUGAAAAGCUUUAUC